AUGAAGGUUCUAGCAGUGCUAUGGACGAUAUGUUUGGUAAAGUUAUGCAAUGCAGGAUGCUUUGGCGGUAAACGCAAAACGGAUAAAAAGGAUAUAGUGAUUAUUGCAGUGGAUCAGCCCCUUGAACUUCCUCCACCAACAGAGCCAAAAACACUGGACCUUGCUUGUCUUAAGGAUCCCCGCUACAAGACGGUAGAUGUAAACAUUGAUGGAGUUCCUGCAAGGGUUUACAUUUUUAGUCCAAAAGAAGACAUUAAGAAGGUCAGAACAAUGAGAAAGACGUAUGGGAGGCAUUUAGGAUCGUUGGAGGUGAUAUUGAAAAAGUUACUUCAGGGAUCUGCAAUUAUUGUAUAA